GCAAUUAAGGACUGUGGUGGGAUUGGCUCUACAAGCGGACUAGUCCGCUGGUUCCCACCUACCAGAGCCCUUCCCCGCGGGGCGGGACCUCCUAACGGCGGACUCCUUUCCAGGUGAAGGGUACCUGGUACGUUGGAGCUUUGAACGAGGCUCCCCGCUCCCUCCCACGGGACGCCGGAGAGGCCAUAUGGCCUCGCUGAUCCGCCCUAGGCUGAAGAAACACUUAAAUUCUGGAAAUAGCGACUCUAUCAUGGCCGGCAGCCCUAAUGAAGAUUCAGAAGGAAGCAGAAUUACUUAUGUGAAAGGAGACCUUUUCGCAUGCCCCAAGACAGACUCUUUAGCGCACUGCAUCAGUGAGGAUUGUCGAAUGGGCGCUGGGAUAGCUGUCCUCUUCAAGAAGAAAUUUGGAGGGUUGCAGGAACUGUUAAGUCAACAAAAGAAAUCUGGAGAAGUGGCUGUUCUGAAGAGAGAUGGGCGAUAUAUAUAUUACUUGAUUACAAAGAAGAGGGCUUCACACAAGCCAACUUAUGAGAACUUGCAGAAGAGUUUAGAGGCCAUGAAGUCCCAUUGUCUGAAGAAUGGAGUCACUGACCUCUCCAUGCCCAGGAUUGGGUGUGGUCUUGACCGUCUGCAAUGGGAACAUGUAUCUGCGAUGAUUGAGGAGGUGUUUGAUGCAACGGAUAUCAGAAUCACUGUGUACACACUCUGAACAGAUGACCAUUUUGGAUGUGCCCACCUCCUGUGUCAUCUGUAACAGGCCAUAGGAUUGAGCAAACUGACUUUAAAAUGGUCAGAGGAAAGUUUCAUGUGAAGUCGUCUGUGACAAAAGCCAGACUUGGGUUGUUGUAUUCUCAUGAUUGGACUGGGACUCUGGAGGAGGGACUGCUUGGGAAAUAUUACUGGUUAUUAUUAUUGUGGGGUUUUUUUUUCAGGAAGGUAAGGAAUAGAUGGCCUGAUAUUAGACAGGGAAACCAAAAGUUGGGUCUAGGACUCCUGUCUUGGGAUGCUACCUGAUUUGUGUGGCUUGCCACUAGGUGGCAGCAUUGCUUCUACUUCUCUGCUGUUUAAGAGAAAUUUCAGGGAGGAUGGACAUUUCAAUUAUUUUGCAUCUUUGGUCAUUUGUGCACUUACUUGGUAUUAUCCUUAUGUCAUCACAUUCACCCUAGGAGAGAAUUAUGGGUUUGGUUUUGUUUAAAUUACAGAAAAGAGUUUUAUGUUGUUAACAGGGGAUUUGUGGUGACAAGAAUGGAAACAUAAAUAUCUUGGGCAGGGGGUGGGGGCAGUGAGGUUCCCUGCACAGGUCUAUGUUCUGGACUUGGGCAGUGGAGGAUUCACCUGUAACUCAAUUUGGAGGAGUCAGAUAGUGGUUCUGGUGGGGAGAUUAGCAAGGUGAGAAAUAAGACCUUGGGAUGGGCAGUUGAUGUGGGUCAGCAUGCUGGAAAGGCAGCCUUUCCUAAUCCCACGGUGAACUCAUGCUCUCUUCUUCCCACUGCAUAGUUUCUGUGAUUGAACCUGUCUGAAGUUAAUCAUGAAACAGGUGAAAUACCUGGCAAAGUUCUUCGUGUGGAGUAAUGACUCAGUAAAUCAGUGGUCAACAAAAUGCAUGUGAAUCUUUUAAAAAAUAAAAUAAACAUCCACUUUCUCCAGAAUUCAAAUUUGGCAAUGUGGCUGGGGGAGAGUGGCCAGGUUUCUUUGUGUUUUUCAGCUCCAGAGGAUUCUGAUGUGUAGUAGCUGGGAUCAAGAACAGUAAAUGUUAAUCCCCUUUUCCUCUAAGCUGGGAGAGUAGGGCUUUGUCCACUCUUGAUGUCAUGGUGGAAGAAGAAGGUUUUGGAUUUAGUCAGUGGUUCAGUAUCAGAGAUACGGGGAAAACCAGUGGAAUUGUUUUUUUCCUCCACUUACUGUGGUGUUAAGAGUUCACAUUGACAGACUUACUAUUGAUUUUCUCCCUAGAGUGAAUUCUGGGUCUGACAUGGGACUUGCUGCUUUCCCAAGUGUAAAAGAUCUAGAUUCUAGAAGAGGCUUGUUGAAACACCAGGAAAGCACUGGUUAAAUAUAAUCUUUGUACUUUAGACUUGUGUUCUUAUCGCAUCUCAGCCUGAUAGGAGGCAGCAGUUUCAGAAAGUAUUUCACUUCUUUUGUAUCUCCAUGUGUAACAGACGAGUUCUCAAGUGUUGGGGCAGGGACAGUGCUGGUGCAGAUUCAUUAUCAAACGUUUAGACUAAGCUCUUCAUGAAGCUCUGUAUUUGUCCACAUACAUAGAGUAUAAUUGAGGGGGAAAAAAGACAGAGGAGGUCUAUACAAAACUAAAAAUGAGAGUGGGGUGAUAAGAGGAAACUUAAGAGUGUUUUGCUUCACUAUGCAAAUAAAUCUUAACACUGGGUAAAAACA